AUGUCUGCUCAAUUUGAAAUGCAGCUCUAUCUUUCCAGACCGUAUUUGACUCGACAGCAAAUACUUUGUGCACAGAAGAACACCAUCCAUGACCGCAGGUCCUAUAAUAGAAAGAAACUGCUCAUAAUUAAGUUUUUGACUGACCUCACUUUGCAGCUGAAUCUUCCCAGAAAGACAUUGGAGACGGCUAUCUACUAUUACCAGCGCUAUCAUUUAUUCAACCUGUUCGAAACAGAAUUAUGCUAUACUGUAGCAACAAGUUGCCUUGUUUUAGGAUGCAAACAAGCGGAAACGUUCAAAAAGGCAAACGAGAUCUGCACUCUGUCUUUAAGACUCAGAAAAAUGAGUAAUAUAAACUCUGAGGUGCUGGACGCUUUCAAAAAAAGGAUCUUUCAAAUCGAACUGCGAAUACUAGAAUCUUGUGGGUUUGACUAUAGGGUAAACAAUUAUGUUCACAUUGACGACUACAUUUUUAAAUUUGGCAAAACAUAUGCUCUGGAUGUGAAUAUAUGCCAUACAGCAUGGAUUAUAGCGUACGAUGUGUUAAAAUUGGAUCUUUUACUGACAGUACCGCAGCAUAUUAUAGCCCUAGCUACUUUGAAAGUUGCGUGCAAGCUUUUGGAGAAACCAGAGAAUCUUUGUUCCCAAUAUGAAAUGGGGAAUACCGAUAGAGACUUGAUAAAUGAGGCAUACUUUAGCAUUAUUAAUUUUUACAUUAAUGCGUUCGACCUUUGCGAUUUAAAAGACAAUUUACCCUCAUAUAUCCCACCCAUUAGCAUAGAGAGGUUUAUGGUUUUGAAGGCCAAUAGUGGACCGGAAGAAGGGCUGACUGAACUGACUGAAAGUGAUGUCGGGUCCGACAGAUUCUUGGAGGAGCAGAGACAAUAUUCAGUACGUGAAAGAAGAUAUGUGCUAUCAACUGACAUAAUGCGAGAUGAGGUUGAAGCUUUGAAGAUAUCGGGAAGAUGA